AUGGAUAAGAAUCAUUUGCAAACAACAAUUAAUCAUAAUAUAAAUCAACCGCUGUCACCGACGAUCAUUACCAUACCAACUAAUGAUACACGUCUAUACGAAACUGAUCGUUUUCGUCAAGAACGUGCAUCGACAAAUAUCCUUUCCGAUUUACCACGUUCACGUAAUCUUGAAGAAACUGAUGAGAACGAAUUACCAUAUCCCGGCUUUGUGGAAACAGUUUUCUAUUGUCUGAAACAAACCAGUACACCACGAUAUCAAUGCUUACGUAUCAUAACAUGGCCAUGGUUCGAACGGAUCAGUAUGUUCGUUAUUCUACUCAAUUGUAUAACGCUUGGAAUGUAUCAACCAUGUGAACAUCUUUUGGGUCUUCAAGGUACAAAGAAAUGUGAUACAGCACGUUGCAUUUGGUUACAAGCAACGGAUUAUUUUAUAUUUGCAUUUUUUACUAUUGAAAUGUGUAUCAAAAUGACAGCCAUGGGCAUAUUUGGUAAAGGAACGUAUUUAGCUGAUACAUGGAAUCGGUUGGACUGUUUUAUUGUUGUUACUGGUCUAAUCGAAUCAGUUAUUCCAGGUGAUAAUCUAAGUUUAUCAGCGAUUCGUACGAUUCGUGUUCUUCGUCCAUUACGUGCAAUUAAUCGUGUCCCAUCCAUGCGUAUACUGGUCAUGUUACUACUUGAUACGUUGCCAAUGCUUGGAAAUGUUUUACUUCUUUGUUUUUUCGUCUUCUUCAUCUUUGGUAUUGUUGGUGUACAAUUGUGGAAAGGUCUAUUACGCAAUCGUUGUUUUUUACAACCGAACAUAACGACUGAAUUCGACCAUCCAUUGUUCAAAGAUUUUCAAUAUCGACCGUUCUAUAUGCCACCGGAUCAAGAUUCAUUCGUUUGUUCGCAUCCACAGUCGAACGGAAUGACGAAAUGCUCCGAAAUACCCAAAUUACGAAAAGGAAAUCUUACGUGUGAAUUGGAUUUCUAUGCGGUUAAAAAAGAAAUCUCCGAAGAUCCAAAUAAAUCAAUCAAUGGCUGUAUUAAUUGGAAUCAGUAUUACAAGUUCUGUAAUGUCUCUGAUAAAAAUCCCUAUUCCGGUUCGAUUAGUUUUGAUAAUAUUGGAUUAGCUUGGGUUGUUAUUUUUCAAAUAAUCAGUCUGGAAAGUUGGGUGAAUAUAAUGUAUUAUAUUCAAGAUGCUCAUUCAUUUUGGGAUUGGAUUUAUUUUGUUUGUUUGAUUGUUAUUGGCUCGUUUUUUAUGAUUAAUCUAUGUCUUGUGGUUAUCGCCACGCAAUUCAGCGAAACGAAAAAACGUGAAACGGAAAGAAUGUUGGCUGAACGACGACGUUUUUCCCGCUCGUCAAGCACGUUACUGAGCGAUGAGCCGGGUUCGUGUUGGGAGGAAACAAUCAAAUAUGUCGAACGUCUGUGGAAACAUGGGCAGAAACGGUUGCUUAUAUAUUGGAAGAAUUAUCGUGAAAAACAUCCGAAAGCCAGUAAAAAACGAUCAGUUGAAAUGAAAAAACGUCGUCGAAGGGAAAAACUCAACAAUAAAUCAACACGAGCUGAAGGAUGUGUCAAUCCAAGUUUAUACGAGAACUCAUCUAUCUUACCAACGGUUCAUAUCAAUCAUCAACCGAACUGUCGAUAUCGUCAAUUGACUGAUUCGAUGUCUCUACCCACACCCCCUUCGCUUUGUCCGUCAUUUGCUGACGCACCUGCAGCUAGUCCGGAACAAUCUGAUAUCAUCGAUCCAAUUCACACGUCGAAUGCGAUAAUCGAUAUCGAAAGUGUUCCACAAUUACCGUCGAUCACAGCUGAACUUGAUAAUACAUUGAUGUUAAAUAAACUACCGGUCAAAUUCGAAGAGAGUCCAUGCAAUUGCGUUCAUAAAAAUGAUAUUACUGUUCACUCGGAUGAUCAGGAAGACGAUGAAGAGUCUGACGAAGAACAUCAUCACCAUCAUGUUAAACCAAAAUCGAAAUUUUCUCUAUGUUGUGACCGAUACAUUUGGUCGCAUUUUCACUUCGUUCGAAAACAUGUUUCAAACUUCGUUGGCAGUAAAUACUUUCGUCGCAUCGUUCUCUCUGCAAUCGUCAUCAACACCCUAUCCAUGGGCAUCGAGUAUCACGGUCAACCGAUAGAAUUAACCAAUGCAUUAGAAUAUAGUAACCUAGUCUUUACUUCUCUAUUCGCAAUCGAAAUGAUUUUGAAAAUCAUCGCCGAUGGAUGUUUGAAAUAUAUCAAAAGUGCUUAUAAUUUAUUCGACGGCGGAAUUGUUUUAAUGAGUGUGAUUGAAUUGCAAGGAAACAAGAAUAGUGGUUUAUCGGUGUUGCGAACAUUUCGACUAUUACGAGUAUUGAAAUUAGUGAGAUUUAUGCCAACAUUACGAAGGCAACUGGUGUUAACUCAAGAAGAUUGGAACGAAGUCCUUUAUAAUGGAAUGGAAAAAACCAGUGCUUGGGCAGCUUUAUAUUUCAUUGCAUUGAUGACAUUUGGAAACUAUGUUUUGUUUAAUCUAUUAGUUGCUAUUCUUGUUGAAGGAUUCUCCACCGAAAAAGGAAGUGGUGCUUCGGAAGCGGGAAGUAGUACUGAUAGAUUAGCCAGAGCGGAUCCAUUCAAAACACAAGCACUAUUUACCGGUGAUAUUGAAGUGCCAGCGAACCCACACGAACUGAUCACGGAUGAAACCGCCAGUAAUAAAGAAACAAAACUUCCACGAACUCGCGAAGUGAAAAUUAUGAGCAUCCCACGAAUUGCCAUCAGUAACGAGGACGAUGCUAGUUUACGUAUUCUCGAAAGUCGACCACGUAUCCAUACGUUUUCAAAUUCAACUGCGUCGCCAUAUAAAUCAAUCAUUAAAACACGUUCGUCCCAACCUCAAUCGCCGUCAUCAUCGACGACUAGUCAAAGCUUUCACACAUGUUUCGGAUCAACACAAAACGAAUCGUUUGAACAAUCGACAGACUUUUCCAUGCCAUUAAAACGAAGUUAUACAAUAGCUGUUGUGAAAAAUCCUCUUGACAAUACCAUACGGAAGCGGCCCACGAGUUUUUACAAACCUCGACCAUAUUCAACUAUCGAGGGCGAUUCCUCUAUAUGCGAAAACUUUCUAAAUCCUGAACGACCAUUAAGAAAACGCUCCAGUACUCAGGAAGAGACAUUGACCGAUUCCCAACGAUCAGCAAUAGAUGAAUCAUCCAAUACGAUUGCACAGGUCGAAACACCGAGUUUGUACGGCACACCUGAACAUCAUGAACAACCGCCACUCUCAGAUAAUUCCAUACGACUUGUCGUUGAUACGGACUCUACAAUGCAAACAAUUAUCAAUGGUCAAAGCGAUAUGCAAGUAGAUGAAACCGGAAAAGAGAAAGUUCAAAAGAGAAUAGGACUCGGUCGUUUAUGUUGUAUUCGCAUCUGUAAUGAUCAAUUCUUCAGAUAUCUUGAGAAACGAAACGAUUACUCACUUUAUCUGUUCUCCCCUUCAAAUCGAUUUCGGCAAUUCUUAAAACGUUUAAUCGUCAGAAAAUCUUUCGACUAUUCAAUUCUCUUCUUCAUCGCACUCAACUGUAUCACACUCGCCAUGGAACGUCCGUCAAUUCCAACACACAGCACCGAACGAUAUUUCUUGAACAUUACAAAUUACAUAUUCACAGUGAUAUUUUCCAUUGAAAUGAUGACAAAAGUGAUCGCUUGUGGAUUGAUGUGGGGACCAAACGCUUACCUCCAUACAGGAUGGAAUGUUAUGGAUGGUUCACUAGUGAUCAUAUCGAUCGUUGAUUUGUUAACAAUGCAUCGGGGACCAAUACCCACAACAACAACAACAACACAUAUGCCGAACGUUGAGUCGGAUGCAGCAACACGAAUAUUUAGCAUGUUGAGAGUUUUUCGUCUCUUACGAACAUUAAGACCGCUGAGAGUCAUCAGUCGUGCACCAGGUCUUAAACUCGUAGUACAAACAUUGAUGUCAUCGCUGAGACCUAUCGGUCAUAUUGUUGUUAUUUGUUGUACAUUCUUCAUCAUCUUUGGUAUCUUAGGCGUUCAACUUUUCAAAGGCAAAUUCUACUACUGUGAAGGUCUAUUUGCUCGUAAUGUUACAACGCGUCAAGAAUGCCUUGAUAUGCCCGAUCAUCGUUGGAAAAACCAGCAAUACAAUUUCGAUAAUUUAGGUCAAGCAUUACUCGCUCUAUUCGUUUUAUCCUCACGAGACGGUUGGGUACAAAUCAUGUAUAAUGGCAUCGAUGCUGUUGAUGUCGAUCGGCAACCGAUAAGAAAUUAUAAUGAAGCUAAAUUAGUGUAUUUCAUUUCAUUUCUAUUACUUGUUGGCUUCUUUGUUUUGAACAUGUUCGUCGGUGUCGUUGUGGAAAACUUUCAUAAAUGCCGUGCUGAGCAAGAACGAGAAGAAAAGGCACGACGAACAGCUAAACGUGCAAAGAAAAUCGAACGGAAACGACGACGGAUGAGAGAGAUACCAUAUUACGCACAUUUCUCGCCGUGGAGAAGACGUUUACAUGAUAUAUGUAGUAGUAAAUAUUUUGAUUUAAUUAUCGCAGCUGUUAUUGGUUUAAAUGUUGUGACAAUGUCAUUAGAAUUCUAUUUAAUGCCACAAGAAAUUGAUACGGCGUUAGAUUAUUGUAAUUUCGUGUUUACUAGCGUUUUUAUACUGGAAUCCAUCUCGAAAAUCAUCGCUUUAGGACCAUUGCGUUAUUUCAAAGAGAAAUGGAAUCAGUUGGACACAGUCAUCGUUGUUCUGUCAAUAGCGGGUAUUGUCAUGGAGAAAAUGAAAAGUGGACAAGUACUUCCAAUCAAUCCAACACUGAUACGUGUGAUGAGAGUAAUGAGAAUUGCGCGAGUGCUUAAAUUAUUGAAAAUGGCGAAAGGCAUUCGAGCCUUACUCGAUACAGUCAUUCAAGCUCUUCCUCAAGUUGGAAAUUUGGGUCUUUUAUUUUUCCUUCUUUUCUUCAUAUUCGCCGCACUCGGCGUUGAAUUAUUUGGUAAAUUAGAAUGUAGUGAUGAACGUCCGUGUAAUGGACUUGAUAAACAUGCACAUUUCAAAGACUUCGGUAUGGCAUUUUUAACAUUGUUUCGUAUUGCAACUGGUGAUAAUUGGAACGGAAUUAUGAAGGAUGCACUUCGUCAGGAUGACUCACAACAUACUACUAAAAAUCACUUUAUGACUGCUAUAGCUCCAGUUUAUUUUGUUAUUUUUGUUCUUAUGGCUCAAUUCGUUCUUGUUAAUGUCGUCGUUGCUGUCUUGAUGAAGAAACUUGAUGAAUCGAAUCGUAUGCUGGCCGAUGAUGCAGAAAUCGACGAAGAAAUCGAACGGCAACUAGAAGCGGAUGCACAAGAUCGAAAUUAUGCCGAACAACCCUUACUCGAUGACAAAGAACUUGAUUUUCUCAAUGAGAAUAACAUGCAUUACUUUCCAUUGACAAAACAAUUAUCAUUACCACCAAAUUUCACAUUUCAUUCGAUCGCCGGAGUAACGGACGAAGAUGAACAGCAAGGCAAAUCUAGGUCAUUAACGAAAACUUCUUCGUUAUCAACAAUCACUAUUUCAAAAUCGAACGAUUUCCUCACAAAAACUAGUCCAGCCAACGAUAUUUAUCCUUCAUCAAGCGCCCAUACGAGCACACUCACAUUACAUCGCACAAGUCCGACAAUUUCUCAUCAUCGUUCCAAUACGGUUCCGACUCGUCUGCGAAGAACGAAUGAGAAUCAACAGCAGACACAUCUCUUCCCAACUUACAAACGAAAUCAUAAUCGACAAUCCGCUCGUUCAUCAUUACAACGCUCGCAGCGUUCUAUUCACAUUGAUACCGAUGAUAAUCAACCUCUAUCAAGUAGUAUGACCAUUAAUAAGAACAUACAUCAAUAA